AGAAACUUGGAGCAGCAAGAGAUCUCCCCUGGAUCCCUUAAAUGGCACCCCUGCUGGUAGCCAGGACUCCGGGGUUCUCUCCCUGGCUCUGGGAGGAAAGUGGGGUCUCAUGGGAUAGAGCACAUGAGGACAGACCUUGCAAUUUUAGUGCACCUCAGUGAAAUGCUUAUGUUUUUCCUGGAGAUCGCUGUACACUGACUGGGCCCAGUCCUGUUUAUUUUAUGAGAGCUGAUUUGAUUAAACUCCAAGUUGUUGCAGGAAAAUCUUUUCAGAGGACUUUACAACAACAAUCCAGCCAAACUCGCUUUUCUCAGAACCUGACUGUGCCCAAGGUCAGUCAGGCAUUUGUCAAACUAUUUUUAACAUUCAAGAAUCUGGCUUUGCGUUGGUGCCAUCUGGCUGCUGUAACUAGGGAAUGCGCAUUCAGAAUUGUGGUCUGGACUCUGAUACGUGAUAAUUUGCAAGUGACAUUUGUGCUUUCACUUCCAUUCUGACUCAGAGAGAAAGCCACAGACGGCAGAGACAGAAAGAAGGCGACAGAAAACCAACAUUGUGUUCAUUUGCUUUACUUCUCCAUGUAGCUCAGACUAACAGAGGCAUUUAAGACUGGGAGACUGGAAGGAACUAUUACUGAGAUACGGUUUUCUGUUGAAAUAGAAAAAAUGCCAUUGAUAUAGAAAUAUUUAAGGCUACUGUGAGAGCUGGAAGGCCAACAGAUAUGGCUUCUGCUGUGAGGAAAGCCUUGACAUUUUCAGAAAAUGCUGAGCUCAACAUUGCUGUCAUCGGGGAGAACGGCUCUGGGAGAUCAUCCUUCAUCAAUGCCAUCCGUGACCUGGAUGAUGAAGAUGAGAAUGCUGCAAAGACCGGAGUUCUAGAAAUGACAAGAAAGCCAAUUCCGUAUCCAUUUCCUACACACCCUAAUGUGACCAUAUGGGAACUGCCGUCAAUUGGGAGUCCAAGGUUUCAGGCAGGAAGCUUCCUCCAGCAGGUGAAUUUCAGCUGCUAUGACAUCAUCAUCAUCAUCACCUCACAACAGUUCAGAUUCAACCACAUCUGCCUGGCCAGGGAGAUCCAGAGGAUGAGAAAGAAGUGCUAUUUUGUGCGCUCCAAAGUGGAUGUGGAUUUGUACUCUGCUGCACAACGCCGGCCAUCCAGCUACAAUGAAGAGAAGAUCUUGCAGGAGAUCAGAGAAUACUGCUGCAAAUGUCUGCAGGAGGAAGGGCUGGGGAACCCACAAGUUUUCCUCAUCUCCACCUGGUAUUUAGGCAAGUAUGAUUUUCACCUCCUGCAGGAGACUUUGGCGGAAGAGCUCUCCAGUGACAAAAAUCACUCUCUUGUUCUUGCCCUGUCCAACUACUCUGACCAAAUCAUACAAAAGAAGAAAGAAGCCCUGGAGGAGGGGAUUUGGCGGGUAGCCGCUGCAUCAUGUGUUGGAGCCCUUGUUCCUAUUCCAGGUGUCUCUGCUGCUUGCAAUAUUGUUGUCUUAGUAAAAUACCUCAGGAUUUACAGCAAGAACUUUGGGCUGGAUAGAGACUCCUUCACCAGACUCUCAAAACGGUCACACAAACCCAGGGAGGAACUGGAAAGAGCUAUUAUAAAAACACGAGUGGCUGAAGAGAUAACCCAGGCUUUUGUAAUCACAUUACUGGCCACUUUUGCUUUAGCGAUAGGUUCUUCUGCCUUUCAGUGGGUACCUGUGAUUGGUUCUGUCGUAUGUGCUGGGAUUUCUUAUAAAACUUCCUACGCAGCAUUGCAGUCAUUUUUGGAAUAUGCUGCCGAAGAUGCUAAAAAUGUGCGGAGAACGGCUUGGGAACUUGAGGUUCUAGCUACAGAAGGAGAAGACUCAUCAAAGAAAGUCAAUUAGCCAGAAACUUCACUUUCCAUUUCCCAGAUUCAGCUAACUAGCUGGCCUUGGUUUGUUUGGUUCUUAUCUUUAGGAAAGGCAGGAAAUACCCAGAAAUAAAGUGGUGUCAAAAAUAUCAGUAGGACACAUGAGGGAUAGCAGAACUUACAUAUACAGGGACAGAAAUAUAAAGGCAGCCAAACCAGCCCCUAUAACACUGAAUAUUGAACUGGGCAUUCAAACCACCUGGGGAUCUGGGGCCAUGCCCACAGCUGCCCCUGGCCUGGGGAUAGAAUCAGGGACCUGGUAUGGGGCGUGAGAGGGUGUGGGUAUUUCAGGGAGUCCCUGACAUAGAGAGGUCCGAGAUGUCACCCAGAGAGCCUGUGGGGGGGGGAAAUGAAGGGGUACGAGGUGCCAUUGGUGUUUACAAUAUUGCUGUGCCAAUAGGAGCAAUGAAACUUUUUAUUGUAUUGCAACUUCCAGUGAAUUUCUCUGGUUAAUAUUAGAACCAUAUUCAUAGACAUGCUGUUGCUCGCUUGCUCAUUACCAAUAUUGAUACAUGGAUUCUGCUUGUAUAUGUUUUGUAAUGACUUUCAAAUGCCUGAUUUACUAAUCUAUAUCUACAUGUACUAAUCUGUACAUGUUUAGCCUGUCAUCUUGUCAGACUUUGAAAUACAGGUGUAUCAUAUACGGCAGGCUUGAUUCUUCAGCUGUCUUGUACUAUAUGUGCGCAUCAUUACUGGUAUAUAAUCAUGUAAACCACACAAAUUGUACCAACUCUGUGUUCUGCAUGCUGGUGCAAAUGAGGAGUAACCCUAUGGAUGUCAGUCGGCCUGUUUCAGUCACACUGAAAGAGGAUUAAAGCCCCGUCUACACUAUAGGGUGCUACAGUGGCACAGCUAUGGUGCUGCAGUAAAACGACUUUACUCAGGAAUGAGAGCAUCCACACGGGGAUUUAACACACUUUAUCUUAUGCACGGGGACUUCACUCAUUUAGUUGAUUUUCAUUAACUUUUCUGAGUGUUAUCCACAACCUCCACCAUUCAGUACAGCACUACCUAACACAGUGAAUGCAGCUGCAUGGGCAAUCUUAACUCUCUAUAUCCUGGUUUUCAGAGGUUUGAACUCAGCUGAACUUGAUGUUCUGGAAGCUCAUAAGAUAACACAAACUUAAGGUAACCCAGGGUAAGGCAGAUUUUUGUCAGUGAAUUCUUAGUUUGUUAGUUUAAGAAAGCAAACUGGUUAUUGCCUCGCAUGUUCUAGAGAGCAUUUUAUACUCAGGCCUGACAGAAUUCAAUUUUUAUUUUUGUAUAAUUUAGCUUGGCAAUACCAAUGUUUAUUUUUAAGCUUUUUUGUUUUUCAUUUUUAUCUAUUUACAUUUUCACAAUUGUGGGAAGUUAUGGUGGGUCAAACAAUCGGGGGCAGACAUGAGUUCCGUGGUACGCCCACAUCUUGGAUACUGUGUACAGAUGUGGUCUCCUCAUCUCGAAAAAGAUACACUGGCACUAGAAAAGGUUCAGAGAAGGGCAACUAAAAUGAUUAGGGGUUUGG